AUGUCUUCGCCUACUCCCAACGUCUACGUCAUUUCUGGCGCCUCUCGCGGCAUCGGUUUCGCCAUCACCUCCAUCCUUGCUCAACGCGACAACGUCCUCAUCUUUGCCGGCGCACGCGACCUGAAGUCGACGCAGCUGAACGAGCUCGCCCUGAAGUCUGGCGGCAAGGUCGUCCCGGUCAAGCUCGAGUCGACGAGUGUCGAGGAUGCCGCUGCGCUUGCAAAGGUUGUCGAGGAGAAGGCUGGAAAGGUCGACUACGUCUUGGCGGUGGCCGGCAUCUCCCAGUCGACCGACCCGAUCGCCCAGGUUCCGCUCGACGACGUCAGGCGUCACUUCGAAGUCAACACCAUCGGCCCUCUCGUCCUGUUCCAAUCCCUCCUCGCCCUCCUCACCAAGUCCAGCGCGCCGCACUUUAUCGUCGUCUCCACCAUCGCCGGCUCGAUCGCCUCCAUGCCCCAAUUCCUGUUCCCCGUGAGCUCGUACGCGAUCUCCAAGACCGCCGUCAACUCGGCCGUGGUGCGCAUCGCGGUCGAGCACCCCGAUCUGGACGCAUUCGUCUGCCACCCGGGCGUGGUCAGUAGCGACAUGAUCAAGGAGUAUGUGGCGAAGACGGGCACAGCGCUCUCGGACUUUGAGUCGAUGGGUAUGAUCACCCCGGAAGAAUCGGCUGCGAGUCUCGUCAAGCUCUUCGACGGGGCCAAGAAGGAGACGCACUCGGGCAAGUUCUUCAACGUGGACGGGACGUUCUUGCCAUGGUAG